AUGACCAUCUCUACUCGUGGAGUAAAUGAGCCUACAGAAUGUAAUGACCAAGUAACAAAUACUGAAGUAGUAGAAGAAAUUAUUGAAGAUGAACCUAUAUCAGAAAUUGGAGAACCCGAUUUUCCACAUGACAAACUUGCAGAACUUGAUACUAAGAUUUCUUCUCCCAGAUGGGUAGUUCCAGUUCUUCCUGAUCAGGAGCUUGAAUGUCUUUUGCAAGCUUCCAUAGACCUUUGUAAAAAAGGAAUUGAUACCAGGAGUGAAGCUUGCCAAAGAUUUUUUCGAGAAGGUCUUACUAUUUCAUUUACAAAAAUUCUGACUGAUGAUGCAGUUAACUCAUGGAAACCCAACAUUCAAUUAUAUAUAUAUCAAAACUGUCAGCGACUUGUGGAAUUAUGUGUAAUUAAAUUAAAUCAAGACUGGUUUCCACUAUUAGAUCUACUGGCUAUGUUAUUUAAUCCUAACUGCAAAUUUCACGUUUUUAAUAAUUCUCGACCACCAGAAAGUAUUCCUCCAGGAAUGCAUAUUUCUGACGAAGAAGUUUACUGUCGUCCAGUACCAGACAGUCGAUUACCACGUGGAUGGUUAGUCGAUCUUAUAAACAAAUUUGGUAAUCUCGGAGGAUUUAAAAUUCUUUUGGAAAGAUUUCAAACAGGAGAAAAUUUAAGUGUAGCCGUUAUGUAUUCUUUAAUAAGACCUUUCGGGUUAUGUUACGAAUUGCUAACUGUUAAUACUAUUGUAAAAUAUUUUAUGCCAGUUAUAGAAAUCAUACUUCAAGUUCUUGAUGGCUUAACAGAUGAAGAACUAAAAAAGGAAGCCAAAAACGAACUGAAAAAUGAUUCAAUUUCUUGCAUAAUUAAAGCAGCUAAAUGUCUUGUUUCUCGGGUGCCUGGAAAAGAGGAAACCUCCAAAGAUUUAGAAAUUUUUAGACUUCGUAUGAUUCUCAGGUUACUUCAGAUCUCGUCAUUUAAUGGGAAAAUGAAUGCUUUAAAUGAAGUGAACAAAGUUAUAGCCAGCGUAGCAUAUUAUCCUCACAGACACACUCCUGUAGAGGAGGAUGAAUGGUUGACACCUGAAAGAAUGGCGAAAUGGAUUAAAGACAAUCAGGUUCUUGAAAUAGUAUUAAGGGAUUCGUUGCACCAACCUCAAUAUGUUGAAAAAUUAGAAAAAAUAUUACGGUUUAUUAUUAAAGAGAGAUGUUUGACUUUAAGCGAUUUAGACGCAAUUUGGGCUGCACAGGCUGGAAAACAUGAAGCAAUCGUUAAAAAUGUACACGAUUUGCUAGCCAAACUUGCAUGGGAUUUUUCUCCUGAGCAAUUAGAUCAUUUAUUCGAAUGUUUUCAGUCUAGUUGGACCAAUGCAAACAAAAAACAAAGAGAAAAAUUAUUAGAACUUAUUCGUCAUUUAGCCGAAGAUGAUAAAGAUGGUGUUAUGGCUCAUAAAGUUUUAACUCUUUUUUGGAAUUUGGCACAUUCGGAUGAUGUUCCUACUGAAAUUAUGGACCAAGCCCUCGCAGCUCAUGUUAAAAUUUUAGACUAUAGUUGUUCUCAGAAAAAAGAUGCUCAAAAAACUUCUUGGUUGGCAAAAUGUGUUGAAGAAUUAAAAAGUGGUGAUAAGUGGGUUUUGCCAGCCUUAAAACAAAUUCGAGAAAUAUGUUGUUUAUAUGAACAAUCUCCUAACCUUAAUCAUAGCCAAAGAUCACAACACAUUUAUUACAGGCAACAAAUAAUAGACCGAUUACAAAACAAUCACUCUUUAGUCAUACUAGUUUCUGACAGUUUAGAAAAUUAUAUUGAAAAAGUUAAAAAACUAGUCAGUCAUCAUCCUGAAUUGGAUUCACAAAAUUUUUGUAUCGAUGGACGAUAUUGCCAUGAGUUACAAGUACAAGAACGCCUAAAUUUUUUAAGAUUUUUACUUAAGGACGGCAGACUUUGGUUGUGCGAUAGUCAAGCCAAGCAAAUUUGGAAAUGCCUAGCAGAAGAUGGAGUUUUUCCUUCUGAUAGGGAAGCUUGUUUUAAAUGGUUUAGUAAACUAAUGGGUGAAGAGCCAGAUCUUGACCCUACUAAAAAUAGAGAGUUUUUUGAAGAUAAUAUUCUACAGUUGGAUCCCACAUUAUUGACUGAAAGUGGAAUGAAAUGUUUUGAAAGAUUUUUUAAAACUGUAAACAAAAAGGAGGGAAAACUGAUUCAAAAACACAGAUCCAUUGUGAUGGAAGAUCCUGAUUUAAUCGGAAUGGAUUAUCUUUGGAGAGUUAUAACUAAUUCAGGGGAAGAAAUUGCAAAUCGGGCUAUUGAAAUAAUGAGAGAAGUUUGUACUAAUUUAGGUUCUCAGUUAACCAGUAAUAUAUAUGAAUUUCACGAAACGUAUAUAGCCGAGUGUUUAGAUCGAUUAAGAACUCAUUACGAUAAUGUGACUCUUUUGAUGAAAGAAGACAUAAUGAAAAACAGACUGAAAGAUGAAGCCGUGAGAAUGUGUCGUGUCAUGAAAGUUUUACACGAAUAUAUUAGCGAAUGCGAUAAUACAUUUGUAAACGAAAGAAAAAUUUUACCAUUACAUAGGGCUUACAGAGGAAAAUGUAUAAUUUUAACUAUUAGGUUUACUCAUCCUCAGCGGGCUUUGGAUGAUAUGGAUAUUUAUACUCACACAAAUGAAACCCUGGCAUCGUUUAGAAGAAGUAUUCUUCGCAGAAUUAAAGCGGGAACAUCUGUAAAGGUUGAACUUGUAGUUAACGGAGAUUCUCGAGAACCUAUUAUCCUAGCAGAUGAUCGAAAAUUGUUGUCUCAAUUACCUAUUCGUGAUAAAAUGAUAAUCACGGCUAAAUUAUGUCAGACAAAUAUAAACGCUGCUUCUAGUCCGGAAACUUCUUCUGAUAGUUCUACCAGUUCACCUCAGCAUCCAUAUGAUGGGCCUAAUUUGGAAGCUGAAAAUGUCUUACCUGGCGUGCUCAUGUCUAGAAAAAGUAUUUAUGCCAAGUUUCUAUUUCAACUCUCAGAUUUAGGAUGCGAAUUACAUUAUCCUCCUUUGCGAGAUGGUGCAAGAAAUCUUUUACAGCUAGUUCCUCCUGAUCAGUCUACGGUAGAAAAAUUGAAACAGUUAUUUGAAAUUUAUCCUAACAGUGAACACAGUCAAGAUAAUAAUAUUACAGUAGAAAAUAUUUUUUUCGAUAAUUCUUGCACAAAGGUUUUAUACAAUGUUGAAGUCAUGUACUCAUUAUUGAUGCCUGCUUCAGAUCCAAUGAGUGCUGAAGCAUUUGAAUUUCAAUACAAUUUUGUAAAAAGUGGCCAUGCUCCAAUUGUUCUUGAAAUGCUUACUAAAAAUAAUUUUCUACCAAAUGCGGAUGUUGCUACCAAAAGAUCUGCGUAUGUUACCAUUUUAAAAAUGUGCAAAUUACUUUUAACGGUCAUUGGCCACGUAUUAGGACGAGUUCCUUUUGAUGAUUCAUCACAACCACACGAUCAAGGAGGUUCUGAUGGUAAUCCGAUUAAUUCGCAUUCUCCAACUAGUCAUGCUUCUCCUUCUGGUCUUCUUCGUACCCUUAAUUCUGUUUUUAAUCAGGGUGUAGAGCUUAUGAUUAGAAAUGUUGCAAAAAAACUUGCUGCUUAUAUUGAUGAGCAACCUCAAAUAAUAAUGGAAAGUAAAGCGGGUCAAAUGUUUCUAAGUGCAAGAUCCUGGGAACUUCCUGAUACAAAUACAGUUCGAGCAGUCAUGAGAUUAGCCUGGGCAGCUAGCACUGGAUCACUUUCAUGUCUCCAUAGUCCUCACGAAAUGCACAAUUCUCACCUUUUAGGCAAAAUUCCAGAUCCGGAUGAUGUCGUGUUGUGCCGUGAAGCUCUUCAAGUUCUCACCGUUUCUCUCGUGUUGAAUUAUAAAGUGAUGGAUAAUUUUAUUAAGGAUCCGCUGUGGCAUACGUUUAUUAUAGAUCUGUUGUUAUUAGCCAAGAAUAGGGUUGUCCGAAGUUCUGCUUCAGAUCAAUUUUUAUUGAUUUUAUACGAUAGUGCACAACAACCACUUUUGUUUUGUAUUUCAUUGCUCUUCUCUCAGCUUAACACUACCGUCAUAGCAAAUUGUAAAAAUUCUUCGGAAUAUUUUUUGCUUUUGUGCAGAUUAAUUAAUUAUGCUUUAAUGACAGAUUGCCCCGUACCAAACGCCGAAAUACUAUUAGAUAAUGAAAUAGCUUGGCUAAAAAAAAUAAAGGAAAACGUUAAAGAAACAGGGGAAACUCAAGUAGAAGAAGCUGUACUAGAAGGGCAUUUAAACAUUGCCAAAGAAUUGAUGGGAUUCUUGUCUCCAGAAAAAAAAUAUUUGCUUGGCAGCAGUGAAAAGAAAGGACUAUGUUUCAUUAAAGAAAUAUUAGAGGAUUUUAUUUUUCCCGCAAGUAAACUUAUGCUUCAGUUUUUAAAAACUGGUGAUUUGGUUUGUGAAAAUGCAAUACCAGUGUGUAAUACUCCGUGUACAGAAAAUGCUGCCUUUGAUUUAUUAGUUGCACUUUGUAUGGGUUGUGUACCAAAUAUGAAGUUAUUAGUUCAUAUGCUUACUGAAAUGUUUUAUUCCGAACGUGAAAAACCUCUGACAGAAUGGGAUUAUAUGCCGCCUAUAGGACCGAGACCCCCAAAAGGUUUUUGUGGUUUAAAAAAUGCUGGAGCCACAUGUUAUAUGAAUUCGGUUCUUCAGCAAUUGUACAUGGUUGAAAGUAUUCGUGUUGGGCUUUUAGCCGCAGAAGGAGCAGCAACCGAUUUAAAUGAGGAUUUCAGCGGGGAAGAAAGGUUGGAAACUGAGAAUACGGACGUUGAACAUAUAGAUGGGGAUUCGAAUGAUGAUAAAGGAGGAGUGGACGAAUCUAGAAAAGAAUACAAUAUUGGAAUAUUAAAACAAGUUCAGGCUAUUUUCGGUCAUCUUGCUUAUAGUGAACUUCAGUAUUACGUGCCGAGAGGACUAUGGAAACAUUUUAAAUUGCAAGGGAAACCUGUAAAUUUACGUGAACAACAAGAUGCCGUUGAGUUUUACCUUAGAUUGGUAGAAAGCUUGGAUGAAGCUUUAAAAGCUUUAGGACAAGAGCAAAUUAUGAGUAAAGUUUUAGUCGGAUCGUUUUCUGAUCAAAAAAUUUGUAAAGGAUGUCCACAUAGGUACUUCAAGGAAGAACUUUUCUCCGUUAUCAAUGUAGACAUUAGAAAUCAUUCAUCAUUAUUAGAUUCACUUGAACAAUAUGUUAAAGGUGAAUUAUUAGAAGGAGCGGAUGCUUAUCACUGUGAUAAAUGUAAUAAAAAGGUGGUUACGGUAAAAAGACCGUGUAUAAAAAAAUUACCCCCCGUUUUAGCUUUUCAACUGAAAAGAUUUGAUUAUGAUUAUGAAAGAGAAUGUGCCAUUAAAUUUAAUGAUUAUUUUGAGUUUCCUCGAGACUUGGACAUGGAUCCCUACACAGUGUCUGGAUUAGCUAAACUUGAAGGUGAAUUAAUAGACUGUGAUUACGAUGAACUAUCUAAAGAAAUGUGCACAAAAUAUCAAUUAACCGGUAUUGUUGUGCACAGUGGUCAGGCUAGUGGUGGUCAUUAUUAUUCCUACAUUUUGCAUAGGCAAUCCGACGGAACUUCUAAAUGGUACAAAUUUGAUGACGGAGAUGUGAGUGAAUGUAGAAUGGAAGAAGACGAAGAAAUGAAAAGUCAGUGUUUUGGUGGAGAUUAUACAGGUGAAGUUUUUGAUCACAUUAUGAAAAGAUUGAGUUACCGAAAACAGAAAAGGUGGUGGAACGCCUACAUGUUAUAUUACACGAGAUUAGACGUAAGGUCUAGCAACACAUCAUUUUGUGAGUAUAAUAAUAAUAAUAUCAAUGUUUACUUAAAUUAUAAUUAUAUUAUUUAUUUAUUAAUUGUUAUAUUAUUAUUUUUAGCGGAUUUGAAAAAGAAUACAAUGAAAAUGCCUCUUGUAAUAGAACAAGGUGUUCGUCGCCAAAAUAUUGUAUUUAUGCAUAAUAGAAAUCAAUUUUCUGCCGAAUAUUUUCAGUUUAUAAAAAAAAUAGUUUCUUGCAACAGUUCAUUAUUGAGACUUCAUAAUGAUAAAUUGACGUUAGAUUCAGAAGAACUAUCUAUGUUAAGUGUACAGUUGGCAUCAAGGUUUUUAUUUCAUACUGGAUUUCAUACGAAAAAAAGCUUGAGAGGAGCGGCUUAUGAUUGGUACGAAGUGUUGUCCCAACAUCUUCGGCAUUCAGCUUCGGUCAGGCUUUGGUUCGCUAAGGAAAUCAUAUUUCAACAUCCUUAUAGAUUAUCCGAGUAUUUGUUGAAUUCACCGAGCACAGAAGUUCGAGCUGCUUUUAUGAAAAUAAUACUUUUUCUGGCUCAUUUUUCUCUUCACGACGGUCCUUGUGAUUCUCUAAUUUAUAACGGAAAGAGUAAAAAUAUUGAUUCAAACUUUAGUUUAAGUGACCAUUUACUACAUGCUCUUAUAUUAUUAUUAGAUAAAGAUAUUGCAGACCACGGAAAACAUUCUGUGCAUUAUUUUACUUUAUUUCAAAUGUAUGCUCAAUUGGGUCUUGAGGAAAAAGCUCAAUUACUUCGACUUAACGUAGCUAAGAUAUUUAUAAAUGUGGCCUUAGAAGAAGGUCCUAUACCCGCCAUUAAAUCUCAAUAUUUUGAUUGUACGAAACUUCAUCAAGUAGUAUCAAUGUUAGUUAGGUGUUGUGAUUUAAGCACGAGUACUCAAAAUUCAAAUGCUUCUGUACAACCCCUUCCCAAUCCGUAUUGUGAUCCGCAGUGCUCUUCAUCUUAUUUAAUGCCUAUACAACCAGAUGUUGCUGAACUUUUAUUCGGUAAAGUCGGAUACGCAAAAAAAUUAAUUGAUAAUCCUAGUCCAUCAGAAGAUAUAGUAAAAUUGAUACAAUUUUGCACGUGGGAAAAUCCAAUUUUUUCUAAAAAUCUUUUAAGUGAAACCCUUCGACAAAUUGCUUGUACCAUAUAUCAGGAUUUGAAACAUUAUUUAGAUUGGCUCCUUCAUUUAUUAUUAAUCGAAGACUCUUGGCAAACGCACAGAAUUCACAACGCACUUCAAGGUAUGGCCGAUUCAGAUGCAAAAGAAGGCUUGUUUGAAAUCGUUAUAAAAUCAAAAACUCACUAUCAAAAAAAGGCUUAUCAGUGUAUUAAAUACAUGACGACAUUAUUCUCCAAGUGCAGAGCCGCUCACGUGUUGUUAACGAGUACCGAAGAAAUACGACGUAAAUGGUUACACUGUAACGAGUGUUUUCCGUUUCCGGCUAACGUUCAAUACAGUUGCGAUAAUUGGUUAUUGUCAACUAAAACCAAUGACUCUGCUAACGGGUAUUUCCCCGAAAGAUCGAAUAGUGCUAGAAAACUUUUAGUGCACUCUGUCGAACUUUGCCCCCAAGAUGAACCCGAAGUCGAAGAAGUUUCGGAAGAGGGUGAAGGGUUGCAAUCUUUGGAAUGGAAGGGCCUUGUAGUUUCUAAGUAUUUCGGUAAUCAGUCCAAAGAUAGGCGUAAAAACAGAGUUCAAAUUAGAAAAAUGGACGAAACUUCCGAAGAUGGCAUCGCAUCCAUCGUGGAAAUGCAACAGCGUUCAUUUAAACCCAUUAGAAGAGAAAAUAAUCAGCGAAGAUCCGAUCCGAAUGCAGCCGAUUCGGGAGAUGAAGAAUUUGCUUGGUUUUGCGGUAUGAAUAAACGUAUGUCGAGUCCAAGCGAUUUGCCUCAGUCGCUAUCGCGGCACUCUUUAACCGACGUUGCACUCGUACAAGAAACUCAGGUAUCAUAA